GAAAAACGAGUUAUGACGAUAAGGAAAAUGGGGAUUCCCAUUUAAUUCUGUGCUCGCGCAUGACAAGUUUGUACUACGAUUUAAUUUAAAUAAAAAAAUAAAAAGCUAAUUUGAUACAUUGGGAGUGAUAUAAAAAAGUUCUUGUGGGGACUGGAGAUGAUAAAUAAAUGACUCGCCAGUUACUAGACUAAUCAUUUAUCGUUUCGUUGUGUAAUGCUUCACUUUUCAAUCUCAUUAUCAAACAUUAAUUAAUUUUCGUUUAAUAAAUUUGUAAAUGACGGGUAAAAAUUAAGUAUGUCCAUCAAUAAAUAAAUAAAAAAAGAAUCUAAAGCCGGGUAUUUAUCAAUAUUUACUGACAAUAGUGUUGUGAUAUUGAAAGUGAUGUGAAAAAAAUUAUUUAAUUUUUCGUAAAUGCAUUUACUGGGUAAAAAUUUUCUGUGGAGUGAAAAAUAAUAGAAUAUUAUAAAAGAAUAAAUAAUCAAACAGCUCAACAAUUUCUAGUUACAAUUCUUCUUUUGUUGUAAUAAAAAAUCGAUUUAUCAUUAUCGCUUGUUGUAAUUAAUGAUUUAGGAAAUAAAGAUGUUUUUUGGGUCAACUAAUUUGUAUCUCGUCAGUAUCUUUUGCUUGGCAAAAUUGACAUUACAAGUUUCGCUGCCAUCAUCAAAUUACUACAUCGGAGCGGUAGUUGAAUAUCAUCCUAUUACUGAAGGUCCAAAUAGCACUGCUAUUGCCGAAGAAAAUUUCGAAAACUUUAUGAAAUUUUUGAAAACAGCAAAUGAAAAUCAAGUUGAUAUAAUUGUAUUUCCGGAAAACGGAUUAUUUAGCGGCGAACCAUUUCCUCCUAUUUUUCAUCGAAGUUUUUAUUUGCCUCACAGUACAUAUUUGCCUGACCAUAAAGAAUUUAAAGUUUUGUGCCGCGACAUAUCAUCUAAUGUUAUGGAGGUUAUAAAGUCGCUAUCUUGUGCAGCAAAACAGUACGCGAUGUAUAUUGUGCUGAAUGUACAUGAAAAGGAAAAAUGUUUGGGUGAAAAUUGCGCCGAAGACGGUUACAAUCUAUACAACACUAACAUAGUAUUCGAUCGAAAUGGUGCCCUAAUAGCCAAGUACCGGAAAUGGAAUUUAUUUGCCGAAGUUGGAUUUAACAAAACACUCAAACCCGAGUUGUCGAGCUUCCCCACGGAUUUUGGAGUUACAUUCGGUCAGUUUAUAUGCUUCGAUAUAUUCUUCGGUGCACCAGCUCUCGAACUUGUGCGCGAGAAAAACAUAACGGAUAUUAUUUUUUCCACUCAUUGGUUUUCCCAUCUUCCCUAUUUGACCGCGAAUCAAAUCCAAGCUGGAUGGUCUUAUGUUAAUGAUGUUAAUUUUCUCGGUUCUGGUUACAAUGCACCAGCAACUGGUAAUACGGGCACUGGUAUUUAUGCUGGAAAAUAUGGUCACUUAGCGCGAAUUUGGAAUGAAAAGGCAGCAAAUGCGUUGAUUGUCGCUAAAAUACCUAAAGUAUUAAAUGGUCAACGCAUGCAACCGAUUAACCAAAAUGAUACCAAAGUUAUCUAUUAUUCGACUACAGAAAUACCUACAGUUAGACGGCAAAUAUUUAUGUCACAGCAGAAACUUUUUUCUGAAGAUUUGUCACUUUUUACUAGUAAACUUUUCCGACCUAUUACUGGCACCCACAGUUCCAUAGUUUGCCAUCACGGCUUUUGUUGUAAUUUUACUACCGAUACUCUAUAUCACGACGAUGUCAACAAGGGUACAAAUGUUAAAUAUUACAGAUACCGUUACGCUGUAUUCAAUGGUACCGUAUCAUAUCCGAAGCUUGGUAUAGCAGGUUUAGAAAUUUGCAGCAUAAUUUCAUGUCUUGACGACAAUCCAAAAAGCUGCAAUCAACGAUUUGACAUUAAUGCUGAUAUUGUUCAUCCUGUUACAUUUAAUUCAAUUGUGAUUUCAAGUAUAUCAGUAGAUUCUAUAAAUAUUCCUCAUUUUCCACUAAGUAUUGACGAUCAAAUUAAUCCAUUGGAUGUUAAUGACUUUACUUUUACUCGUAAAAAAAUAAACGAAACUCAUGUGAACUUAAAUUACACGCUAACAAAACCUUAUAAUAAUUUGAUGACUUUUGCUAUUUAUGGAAGAAAUUUUAUAAAUGAUUAUUUCUUAUAGAACAUAAGUUUUAAAAUAAUUUUUAAGUCAUUUGAUAAAAAUUACUAUAAUUUUAUGUACUCUCUAAAUGGGAAUCAGUGAAAUUCACUUCGAAUUAGUGAAUAUUCACUGGGAACCAGCUAUAAGUAUACCACUGGUUGAAUUAAUGGUAUACUUAUAGCUGUAGAAAUAGUGACUCUCCACUGAUUCCCAGUGAAUUUCACUUAUUCUUUUUUAGAGGGUAAUAUUACAUUUAUGUAUUUUUAUAUUUUUGUGAAAAAAAUUAAAACGAUUAUUCAUAAAAAAUAUUUACGUUUUAUUUUAAAUGAAUAAGAUUUCACGGAUUAUAGAUAUUUUUAAUAAGUGAUAAAGACAAAAAGGCUAUCAGUUACAUCAAGAAGAGUUUAUUAGAAGGCUUGUUACUUCUACAAAUUAUUAGAAUUUAGAAAACCUCUUUAUCUACGUGAGCUAUUAAUUGCCCGUGUGAAAAAAUUUUUUUUUGGUAAUUAAUUUAGAUCUGAAUUUCAUCGCGAAACUCAGAUCGUGACACAAAUAUGACUUUCAUCAUGAGUUUGCUCCAACUUUUCCUCUAGUAAAUUCGUAUCAAUUCUAAAAUUAAUUUAUUCCGUCUUUGGAUUGGACUUAGGAUGACUUCGAUAGAAACUUGACUGAAUUGUUACUAUAUUUUAAACCUUUUGUGAAAUUUAUCGAUUCAGAAAUUACCAAUAAAUUUCUUCUAUCAAGUACUUGAUUUACAUAAAUCAGUUUCGAUUGUAAAAUUAAUUUAGUGAAUGCACUUCGGAUCAUGAGGAUUAAAAUUUAUUAAAAUUUGACCGAAUCAUAAUUUUGUCGUAUUUAUAGUUGUUGGUACAAAUUCAUUAUGAAAGUCAUAUUUGUUACAAUCUGAGUUUCAUGAUGAAAUUUAAAUCUAAAUUCAUUGUGAAUAAAAUUUUUUUUACACGGGUGAUGAUAAUGAUACAAGACGUUCUGAAAGACUAGCUAUUAAAAAGAACAAUUUAAAUUUAAAAAUGCCAUACUUUUCUACUGUGGCAUAUGAGCAAUCAUUUGUUAUAUCAAUUAUCCGUCUUUGGCAAGAGUUACCCAUAGAUCUGAUUCAAUCAGGCAGUAUUGAGAUCUUUAAGAACAGGUUGUAUGAUUAUCUACUAAAUCUAAAUUUUAAUUAACGAAAUUUGUAACGGUGUAUCGUUGAACUUCACAUAUCUCAUUAUUUUUGUAUUUUUGUCCGUAUGACUGAUUUAAAUUGAUAGUACUAUUGUUGUUUGAUCACUUCAAAUUUUUUCUACUACUGUAAGAUCAUCUGUAUAAUUUCACCUUGCCAUUUGGCCUGUGUCUUGGCAUGAAAAUUUAAUAAUAAAAAAAAAAAAAUUAAGAAUACAUAUAAAUAGGAAACAAUGUGAAUUUGAUAGAGUAUAAAAUAUAUUUUAUAAAAAACUUUUUCGACUUCCCGCUAUGAAUUUUGAAAAAUUAAAAAAAAAGGGAAGUUAAUAGUUUUGGUCCGAUUUUCAAAAAUCGAGUUUUCAUCAGAUCUCGAUUUUUUGAGCUCGAAAACAGUGGGAAGUUUUGGGGUUGGUUUGCAGGAUCAACCGUUUUUCAGAUUUUUUGUCUAUGAUUUUGAACUGAGUAAUAAAUCAGCUAUCAGUCUCAGC